AUGAAUCUCUGGGAGGAAAGAUUAUUGAGAAUUCAAGAAACGAUUGAUGAAUGGCUAAAAAUGCAAGCUCAAUGGCUUUACCUUGAGCCAAUAUUCAACUCUGAGGACAUAAUGCAGCAGAUGCCAGAGGAAGGACGAAACUAUAACUUAGUCGACAAAAAUUGGAAAGACAUUAUGCGAAAUACAAUACGAGAUCCCAGUGUCUUGAAGGCUACUGAGUUUUCCGGUCUACUAGAAAGAUUGAAGGAUAGCAAUGCUCUUCUUGAAAAGAUCAAUAAGGGCCUUAAUGCAUACCUCGAAAAGAAAAGGCUUUUCUUUCCCCGAUUCUUCUUUCUCUCAAAUGACGAGAUGCUCGAAAUUCUCUCUGAGACUAAAGAUCCCCUACGCGUGCAGCCUCAUCUGAAGAAAUGCUUUGAAGGAAUAGCCAAAUUGGAAUUUGAUAGCAAACUUGAUAUCAAGGCGAUGUUUUCAAGUGAAGGUGAAAAGAUUACGCUCACUCAGCCUCUGGAGGGUAUCUGGCACUUCGACUACUUGUUGAGUCUGGGUGCAGGUAGUCAUCCUUUUACUGAAGCACCUUUGCUUCCUGAGCCUGCUAAAUUGCAUCCCGUUACACCUCAAAACCUCGACUCCUGA